AUGCUUCUUGUUAGACGCAGCACCCUCCUUACGCGAACGGUCGUACUUGCGACAACGUUAUAUUUUCCUAAAUUGGCAUUUGUUCAGGCAACGCGGCUUUUGAGUCUAUCAGGGUCCAGCAUUGGUUCCGACCGACAUAUAAUAUGGGAGCUGGUUAGCUCUAUCCCUCGUCUCGCUUCUUCCCUUCCUCCCUUGAAUAUUGAGCAGCGCACCUCUAUACUCAUAUCAAUCAUUUUGUCUGCCUCUAUGUCACACGAGGGCAGCACAUCGGAGCCGCAUAUCCAGGACCAAGGCAGCAUGUCACACGUCGAGGACUGGCAGGACGAUCACAGCCAACGAUCACAGGCAGCUGCAGCAUCUCUGCAGGCCCGACAGAGACGCAAAAUUGCGCAACUAGAGGCAAAACUUGGGACUUUAGAAUCAGGGCGCGCGGUCAAAGAAAAGCAAACGAACUACUAUGUGGCGCAAGGAAGAGCGAUUAAGCGUAUCGUUACUCUAUUUGACACUAUCGAGGACCUUGUCACCGAAAAUGACCGAAGGUGUGAUGUUGAGGAAGACGCAGAAUCUAGCCUCGAUGAAGACCGGCUACAAGUAGGGUAUGUUACCCUCACGGCUACUUUGCCGUGGCUUCCUACGAAGGCUGCAGAGUUGGACAAUGAGGACUACUGUCGCAUGUUGAAACUGCUUCGACAGGGGGCUGACGGUGCUCGGGGUGACGAUACCUCAAAGCUCAAAGCUCUUGUCGCUGAAUGGCUUAACCGGGAAUUCAAGCCCGAUCCUCUGAUUGACGCUGACGAUAAACACUCUCAUGGGUUCACCAACGAUACAUGCGGCAAGCUACUCUGCCCAGCUGAGCUUGAUUGGAAUAAUCCCGUCAUAAGGGCAGGGAUUCGAGAUCGCAUAGAUGGCCAUAUUGUGACUGAUCUCUCCUUCCCGGCUUUCCUGUACGAUAAGUACACCGCCAAUCCGAAUGACCUAGAGGAAGGUCUUUUCAAAGGCAAAGUUCUUCUUCAGGCUUAUAAAGCUGUAUUCACGUCACCUUCCUCGGCAAAGGAUGUCGAAGGGGACGGUGAUGGCAUAGAUGUCAUCCAGAAUAACAGACGCGCCAAGAACUCUGUCUUCGGAGUCAAAGUCAAGAAACACGUCGCGCAAAUCAUCCGGAUGAAAAAAGUCACUCCUCGCUCGAUCGCGUACAUCGCGUGCCAAGUUCGAUUUGCACUUUCGUCUGUUACCUCAUGGCGGUCUGUUGACGGCGACUUCGACUAUGAACAAUUCUGGCGCUCCAUUGUGGACUUCUUCGAAAGGGCCCCUGGUCGAGCAGCACGGCGCAGGGUUGAUGUACUCCUCGAAUGGUGGACCAGAAAGGUAUUCGGACGGAACCACCGCAAUGACCUCACCAGUACAGCAAAAGCCAACAUGUCCAUCAACGCUCUUGCAAGGCAAAGGGCACAACGAGAUGACGCUGCUUUUGAUUCAUCCUGA